CACAUCAGCUUAUACCUAAAUACAUUUAUUUUUUCCAACAGCUGUUUUUUGCAAAUUUAGAUAUAACCCCAUUUUUGAACUAAAUAAAUCACAGUCGUGCAAGAACAUUUCAUUGCUUCGCGAGUCAGAGUAAUAAACAACAGUCGCGAUUUAAUUAUAUAUUUGUAACAUGGAGUAAUUCCGUGAUUUGUAAAAAAUAUUGGCGAGUUAGACAAACUGCACAUGCGCGAUAUCCUUGCGCAGCUGAUACCGUCGUCGUCGUUGUUCUGUAGCUAUAUCUGUAGCACAAAAAUUGGACUUUUAAACGUAAAUAAAGAGGAGAAGGAGAACCGAGAGAAAGAAAGAAAGAAAGAGAGCAGCGCAGCAACAGCAAACUGUAUGUACAACAUACCUAAACCUAAGUAAUGUGCAGAAAAGAAAGACUUCGAAAAAGAUAGUGGAUUUUUGUUUUGCUUUCUUCGUGUUUAUGAUGAGAAGUGCAAGAAACACCGAUCGGAUACGCUGAAUACAUCUUGUCGCUGCAGACACGAAAAUGGACUCUGGAGUGGAAACUGGGAAUGAUUCGAAUGACAGUUCAGUCACGCAGCAUGACAAUACUGUUCCUAUAAUACCUGCUGGGACAUUUGGUCGAGCCCAGCCUAGUUCUGCUGCUGUAAAUAAUCUUGAAAAUAGAACUUCAGAAACCGAAGCAUCUGUGGAAGUUGUUACACCACCGGAAGCCACAAGCCAAAAUGAGUUGCCCGGCAUAUCAGAUCCCUUGCAAAGUACUCCGAACAACAGUUUAGUCAGUGUUAGUUUGUUCAAUACAAAACCUAUAUUUUCAUUAGCUUUUGAUCCAUCAUUCGAAAAGCAAAUGGGAUUUCGAGUUCCUCCCAUGUACCCACCAGCACCACUGGAUCAUUUGAAUCUGAAAACCACACAAUCACAUUUAGGAAGAAUCAAAAGAUGUGCCUUUAGACCAAAAAAACGUAGUUAUAUAGAGUUUGAUGAACUUAAGUCACAGGUUAAGGAGCGAAAAAUGCGUUUAGCUGCAGCAACUAAUAAUACAGACAUGAUGCGAAUUUUACUGGAGUCUGGAGUUUCACCUAAUAAUUGUGAUGAUCAGGGGCGAUCUCCGUUACAUUUAGCUUCAUGCAGAGGUUACACAGAAAUGGUGAGUCUGCUUCUCAAGUAUGGUGCCAAUCCCAAUCAACGAGAUUCCAUCGGCAACACACCGUUGCAUUUAGCAGCGGUUACGAGCAAGAUAUCCGUAGUUACGCUUUUAUUGAUGGCCGGAACAGACGUACUUUCGUCGGACUGCCAUGGAUACAAUCCCUUGCAGCUAGCACAGACGAAGUUGCGGGUACUUCAAAAUUGCAAAGGUUCCGACAUGAGCUGCAUCAAAGACGAAGUGCGAAAUGUCAUCGGUAUGCUCCUGGCCUAUCUGCAGAAACAAAAGGAUGCACGAGAGCAAGUGGAAGCACUUAGCACCUUCUGCUCGAGACUUUCUCUGUCUAAUGACUCCGACCAAAUCCAGGAUGAUGUGAGAAGUUUGCUAGCCAAUAUAGACUCGCUAAGUUUAACGAACUAACUUUCAAACAUUGCGUGCAUAGAAAUGAAUGUUAUUCGUAUAUAAAUCGGCCUUUUUGACUGACAUCAAUCGCGAGAAACUGUUCCGUAGCAUAGUACUCAUAUGCUAAUCUAUUCUUCUUUACACUUUUUAAUAUACAUAUUAUUACAUACAUAUAUCUUUAUACAGCUGCUGAAUCUUUGAAAAAAAAUUCUUAAUAAUAACGCUAUUCGUUAUUCGAUCGACGAACUUUACACUGCACGGUUCAAAUUUGUUUAUGCAUGAUUUAUGCCAUUAUUUACUAGACUAUUGUAUAUAAUGAUAGUUUUUAAUGGUUAAGUAUGAGAAUUAGAGAAUAAAAGCAUAAACAAUGUAAAUAAUUUUUUUUUUUAAUUUUUGAACUGUAAUUACAAAGCGUAGGUUCUUUUUAAAAUAAAAUUUGUCGCGUAUUCAUUGGAAUUGAUAAAAAUAUACAAUGGUAAUCAUCAACUUAUACAUUAAAUCAUUUUUGAAAAAAAAUAUAGGCAACAUUUACAAGAAAUAAAGACUCGCUAAUUAUUGAUCAACGUUCCCAUCCGUAAUAUACAUUACAAUUUUUGUAUACAAAAUCGUGGUAAUAUAACGACGACAAUAUUCUUGGAUAUGAU